AUGGCUCGUCCCAGUGUUGGCGUACCAGUGUUACUUUUGCAAAAGUUCCAUGGCAAAAAAGUUAGAGUAUCAACCAACAACAAUGAAAUGUUUGUUGGUACAUUGUUGGAGGCUGAGGAUAAUAUGAAUCUUAGCCUCUCAAAUGUGACAGUAACUUUGUGUUCUGGAAAGACCGUCGAGAUGAUCAAUGUGUAUAUUAAAGGCUGCAGAAUACGCUACGUUAAUUUACCAGAUGAAGCGAAAGAAACUGUUUCUUAUCUGGCUAGGCAAGCUAGCCGCCCUCCGCCAAGACGUGGAGGGAGAUCUUCUUUCUCACGUCGUCGUUAUUGA